CGAACUCGACCGCUAUUCGUAUGCUGUGAAUGUGUUCAGAAUUCCUAACAUUCUGAUUCACACUUGGUGCCGCCGGUGAGACCGGUAAUCGCGAGCCAACGAACAACUUCGCCAUCCACAAGUCCAAAUUUUUCCGUCGGAACACCAUCGGCAUCUACACGCAAAAAUCUCUCUUUGGAAUAGAUUGAUUUACGAAUCCCGACGGUAUGCCGACGGUAGAUCGGAAGAUCAUCUGCCCGGAGAUAAAGAACUCCGAGGGCUGGACGAUGUGGAAGCAUAAAAUCAAAUCGAUGAUGAGCAUGGUAUUGGAAUUGGACGCACAAUGGCAGGCAAUUUUGAACGACAACACCCAGCAGACGAACUUUCAAAAUGUUCAGCCUGGUUUGACAGCACAGCAAAAGCAAGAUGUGUUUUCCCUCGAGUCCACAUUUUUGAAUGCAUUGCAAGACGACGCAGCAAAAUUGAUCACGAACAGCCAGACAGUGGGUUUUGUAAAAUGUUACUUCCUUCUGUCAUCGCACUGGGAUCAGAAAGCAUCUUCAAUUGACAGUGACACAACCAACAACGAAUUGAUUACUGUCUGCUACGACAUGGAGAAGGAUGGAGAUUUUUCUAUUUGGAUCUACGCAGAAAAGUACAGCAAAAUCCUCCUUCUGAAAGACAGAUACCCAGAUGCGGCUGCGAUCAAUCGUCAGAUGUGGGAUGUCCUCAAAUUCCGACUUGACCCGACUUGCAUGAAGACAAUCAUGGCGGAGAUCAGAAACUUGAACAGUACUACUGCGACUUGGGAGAAAGAAGGACUGGCAAUGGUGAUGGAUUUCAUCAAAUCAGGCAGAAUGAAUAUUGAAAAGGAACAGCAAGCGACUUUGCAUUUAGCACGAUCGAACGUCGCCCCCGCGAACGCAAACCCCAAUGCGUUUCUUGCUGGUGCAUCGUCAUCAUCUGCUUCUUCUUCUUCCAACAAAAAUUCCAACUUCAUCGUCGCACCGGAAGGCGCGACCUUCGAACAGCAAUUGAUGUGUCAAUCCAUCAAUAACCAAACCGCUUUAGUUAUGAUGAAUAAGGGUCACAAAGGACAGGGAAAACACAACAACAAAAACUACAAUUCCAAUACCUAUGCGAAUCGAAAUCAGCCCUAUGGUAACAACGCGCAGAAUCAAGGAGGCCUCUGGUGUACGUAUUGCCAACGUCCAGGACAUGACGUUCACUACUGCUAUCGCAAGAAACGCCAACAGGAGAAGAACACUGCCCCACCACCCGCGAACAACUACGGCAACAACCACAAGAAGGGCGGUGGUGGUGGCAAGGGCGGUGGCAAACACGGCGUGAAGAAAGGUGGCUACAAGUCUCACCAGAAGGGUCGCAAGUGGUGACAUAAGGACCACGAUUCUGCUGAUGAUGUCGAUGAUAAAUCGAUGCUGAUGGAUUCAAAUCACGAUGUAAAAAUCGAUGUUGAGUUGGAAUCAAAUUUCGUUGAUGUGUCGAAGAACACUGAUGAAAAGAGCGAUGUAUUUGAUGACGACGACAACUACUAUUCGUGCUUUUACACAAGUCACGAUGCUACUAGUUACAAUCAAAAAUCGUUACUGUGCAAGAUCGAUCAAUCAAUGCCGAUUAUAGAGUGCAAGAUCAACAAAUCCAUUUUGGAUGAAGGUUCGGCAGAGGAAAGAAAACAGAGGACAAACAGGGAUAUCCUCGACAGUGGCACUACUCAUUACGUGUCGAGUGUGCUUAGCGAUUUUGUGUCCUUUCGCUCCAAUCCUGUGAAAAUCAAUGGAGUCGGAGGCACUUUGCAAGCGAAAAAUCCUCCAAGGAUAGGUAGGCUGAAGACGAAUCGACUUGGUUACUCAGUAGGUAUUUUUCACAGCGCUUUGCCCGUGCGCCGCCUUUUACCUACAACCACCCUGAACGCAAUGGGUUGGUCAGUAAAGCUAGAACCAAAAGCAGUAGCCAAGUCUGAGAUAGUUUCAAGAUUCGCAGAUGUCGCAGUGCCAUUAGAAAAUAACCCGCCUGACUUACC